AUGGAAUGGACGGAGCAUCUGAGCCGGCGACAACCAAACUGCGCGCUUUUCGUUGACAACCUCCACGUGCUUCACGUGCUUGCGAGACGUGUCGCGUCCGAAAGGCACAGGUACUUCCUCAACCUGUGCUUCUGGAGAAUUCGAUCCAAUUCAUUGGGAAGAUGUACUGAGUCAUUAACACCUCAAAUCUUCUUACAGUGUGAUCAAGCUCAGCUGUGCUCAUAUUGCGCCUAUUUUUAUUUUGGAGCUGCGAAGAAGACGCUUGGAAAUCUCUUCGAGGGCUGCGUACUUGAGACAGCACAGGCUCUUUUGCUUCUAAGCGCCUUUUGCCAGAACGCACUGCGAUCACAUAGUGCUGCAUGUAUUGCGACACGGCUGUCAGGACUGCUGUCAGCAUUGGCUUUGCGUCCUGAAUUUCAUCUUUACCAACUGCUAUGCGUAGGUAUACGUACUUGGGGUCGUGAAGGGACUCCUAUUAUCAAGUUCCACUUCCCGGGUGGCAGGGCUUUGUUGUAA